AUGUCAAAACUCAGCCUUCACCGGCCCCAACGCUUCCAAUCAGCACUCGAGUGUGUUUCGUCUGUAUCUUCGACAACAAACCCAGCACGCCGGUCCAGCAAUCCAGAAAGAACAGAGUCUCGGAGAAGCCGUGCUUUGGGCUUGCAACCUGCGCGUCAUGUUCGGAACACCCACCGGCCAACACAAUAG